AUCCAAAAAGGAAACUAUCCAAAAUUAAACCAUUUCCAUUCCAUAACAAAAAAACCCAUCUUCUUCUUCCUCCUAAUCAUCGCUCUAAUCCACCAAUUAAUUAUCCCUGUCUCAUUUAACUGUUCCAAAUUUGAAAUUCAUUAAACAUACUUUCUUUCCCUGUUCCAUCAACCCAAAUCCUUCUGGGUAGACCCGCUCUUGCACGUCAGCAUCCACACGAGCGUGCCCAUUGUUUCCCAUAGCAGAAACAAAGAAGGACAGAAGGGUUUUUGGAUUGGAAUUUUCUACAGCUUGCACUUGUGUUUAAGCAGCCUAUGACACGGACGGAAAAGUAUCCAAUACAAACAACAUUCGCAGUCAUCCGGCCAACGUCAAAGCGUUACUCUCCCGUUGAUUUCAUGCGUUCCCAAAUGCUCUUCUGUUAUAAAAUCAAAAUGGAAGACGAUGAAGAUGACGACCUAUAAUAUUUUCUGAUCCUUUAGUUCAUUAACUUGGUUAGAUUAAAGGUUAUUGAUAUCCAAUAAUGGAAGACAAGGGGAAUUUGAGGAGACCUAUAUUAUUCAAAUUUGGGGUUGUUCUGGCUAUCUCCUUUGCUGGUUUCCUCUAUUCCCGAUUCAGACUAAAAAAUAAAAGACCUCCUCUGCCUCCUCCUUCAUAUAGUUCUUCAGCAGAUGAUCAGGGCAAUAAAGUUAACUUGGGAAGAGGAAGAGGACCUAGACUUGACAAGCAAGGAACGCCCUCUAAUGUUGUUCUUUUUGCAGUUGAUGCCUAUGAAGAAACGUGUAUUCCAAAAGUCAAUUUUGAUGAUUCAAAUCUUGGUCUCUGUCCUAGCAAUAAACAUGGUGUAGAUAAAGAUGGCUUGCUUCCCCCAGAGUUUCAGGAACUUCUUAAAGAAUUUGAUUUAUCUGCUGCAAAUGCCGAGUUUUCUUCCAAGAAAAAUGUUGAAGCUCCAAGGUACGGGCUGGAAACUCCAAAAGCUUAUAAGACCGUUGAGAAUGAUGAAUAUGAACAAGAAAUCAGAUAUCUCAAAAGCAAGGUGAAAAUGCUGCGAGAGAGAGAGAGGAACCUUGAGGUUCAAUUACUUGAGUAUUAUGGCCUCAAAGAGCAAGAAACUGCAGUAAUGGAACUUCAAAAUAGGUUGAAGAUUAACAACAUGGAAGCCAAGCUUUUCACCUUCAAGAUUGAGUCCCUUGAGGCAGAUAACCGACGAUUAGAGUCGCAAGUCUGCGACCAUGCUAAAUCAGUGUCCGACCUCGAGGCUGCAAGAGCAAAAAUUAAGUUCCUCAAGAAAAAACUUAGAUAUGAAGCAGAACAGAACAGGGGACAGAUCUUAAAUCUUCAGAAAAGAGUUCUUAAGCUGCAAGAUCAAGAACAUAAGACAAAUCAAAGCAAUAAAGAUGCCCAAAUCAAGCUGCAAAAGAUUGAAGAUUUAGAGAAAGAGAUAGAGGAGUUGAGAAAGUCGAAUUUGAGAUUAGAAAUAGAAAAUUCUGAUCUGGGUCGGAGAUUAGAUGCUACUCAAUUUCUUGCAAAUUCUCUUUUGGAAGACCAAGAAAAAGAAUCACUGAAAGAAGAAACAGAGCGUUUGACACGAGAAAACGAGGCAUUAACUAAGGAAAUCGAGCAGCUCCAAGCACACCGGUUGGCAGAUGUUGAAGAGCUAGUCUAUCUCCGUUGGAUUAAUGCUUGCUUAAGAUACGAGCUGCGGAAUUUUCAGCCUCCAGCAGGAAAAACAGCAGCAAGAGACCUAAGCAAAACACUAAGUCCCAAAUCCGAGGAGAAAGCAAAGAAGCUCAUCCUCGAUUAUGCAAACACAGAAGGAAAUGAAGGGAAGAGCAUGAACGUUACGGAUUUCGAUUCUGAUCAAUGGUCAUCCUCACAAGCUUCCUCUCAUACUGAUCCUGGAGAUCCAGAUGAUUCCACUACUGAUUUUCCAUCCACAGCCAAGACAGGUUCAAACAAAAUCAAAUUUAUUAGUAAACUCAGAAAACUCUUGAAGGGAAAAGGUAGUCAACAAAAUAUGACUUUGUUAGCAGAAAAAUCUGCAGCAUCUGUAGAAGAUAGUGAUUCUCCUUGUUACAGCACGAGUAAUUCUACUGGGACCAAUGCUACUCGAGCCGAGGGUCAGGCUAUUGGAUAUGCAACUCCAUUGCUGAACUCAUCAGGCCAUUCAAUGGAUUUUCACAGAUUGCAAAGCCAAAAGGAAGACGAUGUAAAAAUUGAAGACUCCAUUAGAAGGAAUAGUGAUGUUGGCUGCGUUAACAAGAGAUUUGUUGUAGGGAGCGACCAAUUGAGCGACUCGUCAUAUAGAUCUCAAAAUCAGGAUACAGAAUCCACCGAGAAGUCUGAGUUGAUGAAAUAUGCUGAAGUUUUGAAAGACACCCGAGGAGCUAAGAACCGAUCACAUAGAAAGACUGCAUCCAUUGGUUCGUUUUGAACACAAAAAAGCUCGUCUGGCGUUCAAUUGCUUCAUCACCGCUUGUUCAUGUGUAUAAUUGACUAUACUGUUCACAAAAGAUAGUUAGAAACUAAUUCCACUGAUACGGAAACUUUGUAACAUAAAAUGACUUACUGUUGUAAUGUUACUUGUACGAGCUCAAUUCUAAAAAAACUAAUUUUAUCAAGUUUUCUCUUGCCACUGUGACAGGAAAUGUGUCUAUUCUGGAUUACAUGUUCUUGAACAUUGCAAAAGCAAGAUAGAAAACGAAAAGAGUA